AUGGGUGAAUCAGAAGAUAAUAACAAUUGGAAUCCCCGUCUAAUUGAAAACACUUGUGACGAACCUGGAGCUGUUCUACAACCACUCGAAGACUAUCAGGAAUCAAUACUUGUUUCUCUCGAGGAAGCCAUUGAACCGAUAAAGUCGCUCUUUCGUAACUUGCCUCGGGACGUGUGGAUCGCUAAGAAUGCAUCGAAGGAACCAGCCGAUGAUCUUUCUCCAGAUGAAUCGGCUGCUAUUCAUCUUUAUACCAUGGAGGUGAAGCCCCGCAACUUAUAUUCGAUUCUGAAUGAGAUGUUGCGCGACAGGGAUCGUCGAAAACUUAAGCCAUGGUUUCCUUACCUCAAGUUAUUUAUUACUGCACUCUUUAAAAUACAGCCAGGCCCAACUAAGGUAAUUUAUCGUGGUGUCAAGGCUGAUCUUCAUUUGAAAUAUCGUGAUGGUGAGCGCUAUAUAUGGUGGGCAUUCUCUUCGUGUACUCUAUCACUCAAAGUGUUGGAACAACCCAUGUACUUGGGUGAUUCAGGACCAAGAACUCUCUUCAACAUUGAAUGUAUGAAUGGGAAAGCCAUCAAGUCGCAUUCAUAUUACAAGACAGAAGAUGAGAUUUUGCUCUUGCCUGGAUUCUAUUUUGAAGUCGUUAGCAAAGUCAAAGUUGCCAAUGAUUUAUACAUCAUACAUCUGCGAGAACUCUCUCCGCCACAUGUUCUUCUUGAACCACCGUUUUCAAGCAUUCCAUCAGCUGUAGGUUGUUUGUUUCUUAAUAUACGUAUAAUGCAACAUAUAUUUAUAGGAUCCACAUAA